AUGCCCUUCCGCAUCAAGGGCUACAGCCUUGUUGACGCGUGUACAACACGUUUUUUGGACGGACCCUCAACUAUCAACAGAACCUAUUUCGACUACGAUGAAUACCUUGUGUAUCCCGAGGAUUCAGAAUCCUCUAGGCGAGGAGCCGAGCUCCCAUCAAAGCUCGAUUUCAUGGAUGACUUAAGAACCUUGGACUUUGAGUCAUCCACAGCAUCAACGGUAUUGUGGUCUUCUGGUGAUCUCGAACUCCAUCUCGAGGAUACCGACGAUGCGGCAUACAUCGAGAACAUUCCCCCCCACCAAAUGCAGACAUCUAUCGUCACCCGAUAUCGGUACCCAGGGUUAUCUGCAACUGGAGACUUCUUAGGUUUACCGCAGUUGAGCCCGGAUGAAUCACCCUUCAGUGUCGCGUCGAGCAGGUCGCCCUUGACUCCAGAAGGCGACGCCCUUCUCCCUGAUAUCUUCUGUCAUUCGCCGGGAGAUUUCGGAUCUCUCGACAUUGCAGUUGAUUGCAGUCCGUUUUUUGGGCAAGAAGCAUUCAUGGAGGACUCGGUUUAUCCUGAGCAACUGCAAGAAGACCUUGCCUGCCAGGCAAUCUUGGACAUGCCCUCUCCAGUAUCAUGUCCAAGGGAUGUCUCUCAGCCAAUCCUCCUGCUGCCGGUGGACGGUGCCGAUCUGGCGCAUGAAUCAGUCGUCAAUCUUGCCGAACUUUGUGGUUAG